AUGUCUACUGUUAACAUGAGACCAUCGUUGGCCUCUAUCCCAGGUACUGCUACUGCUACUGCUGCUGGCGCUCCAGCUCAUGACUCGGGGGCUCCCAGAAACUUUAAGCCAUGUGCUAACUGUACCUGUAGCUACGGCCAGCUAUCGAGAAAAGGUCGGAGAUCUUCUGUUUUGUUGAAGCAAAUCGCUUCUAGAAGACAGUCACAGAUGGGAGGCGUGAGUCUGCGUCCCACCAACGAGUCGAUCUACUCUACAGACUCGAUUUGUCAGAUCAAGAGCAUCGAAACAUCUAAUAGGCUCGCUGCUUUGAGAAAGCAAAUGAGCGAACACGAACUAUGCUGUUAUAUUAUUCCAUCAGAGGAUGAGCACCAGUCAGAGUAUGUGGCGCAAGCAGACGAGAGACGUGCGUUUAUCUCGGGGUUCACCGGUAGUGCGGGUGUAGCUUGUGUUACUAGGGAUUUGCUCAACUUUAACACGGACAAACCCGAGGGGAAGGCUAUCUUGAGCACUGAUGGACGUUAUUUCAACCAAGCUAGUCAGGAACUAGACUAUAACUGGUCCUUGUUGAGGCAAGGGGAGGAUCCCGUGACGUGGCAACAGUGGUGUAUUAAUGAGGCGUUCGAAAUGUCUCUUGCGCUUGGUGGUAAGUUGGCCAAGAUUGGGAUCGAUCCAAGAUUAAUCAGCUUUGAACAGGUUAAGGUUUUUGAAGCACAGAUCAAGGACAAAUGCGAGGAGAGCAACGCUAAGGUGGAGCUUGUACCUGUGAAGCAAAAUUUGGUGGACAAGAUCUGGUCUGAGUUCGAUACCGUGCCCGUCAGAGACUUGAACGAACUAUUGCUUUUGGAACGUGACUUUAGCGGGGAGUGUUUCAAGUCCAAGCGUGAACGUCUUAUGGAAACCAUUUCUAAGAAGAACCACGGUGCCCAGAACUUGGUUAUUUGCGCCUUGGAUGAGAUAUGUUGGUUGCUAAACUUGCGUGGCUCAGAUAUCGAGUACAACCCGGUAUUCUUUGCAUAUUUGCUGUUGUCCCAUGACGAGACGUUCUUGUUCACGGAUAAUCCUUUCGACGAUAAGAUCCAAAAGUAUUUGACGGAAAAUAAUAUCCAAGUGGAGUCCUACCAGAACAUCUGGACCUUUUUAUCGGAUAGAGCAACUGUGUUGGCGGAGAAGAAGGAAACCAUUUUGAUUCCAUCCAACUCGUCGUGGGAAAUCGUACGUAAGCUACACGGAUCCCAUGUGAAACGUAUCCAAUCGCCAGUAGAAGUGAUGAAGGCCGUCAAGAACCAAACGGAGCUGCAAAACGCACACAGUGCCCAGGUCAAGGACGCUGUCGCCUUGGUGCAAUACUUCUCGUGGUUGGAAGACCAACUCGUUCGCCAAGAAAAAUUGAUCGACGAGUACAAGGCCGCACAAAAGCUAACGGAAAUCAGGAAAACGGCCAAGAACUACAUGGGGAACUCCUUCGAAACCAUCUCAUCCACGGGUGCCAACGCUGCCGUCAUCCAUUACGCACCACCAGAAGAGAACUCUUCCAUGAUCGACCCAUCCAAGAUAUAUCUAUGUGACUCCGGUGCCCAGUUUUUGGAAGGUACCACCGACAUCACACGUACAAUGCACUUUACCAAACCUACAGAAGAAGAAAUAAGGAACUACACGCUUGUGUUGAAGGGGAACCUCGCUAUCGAGCGUCUCGUCUUCCCUGAGGGAACCAGCGGUUACAGCAUCGACGUCAUUGCCAGACAGUUCUUGUGGCAACACGGUCUCGAUUACAAACACGGUACGGGCCACGGUGUCGGAUCGUUCUUGAACGUCCACGAGGGUCCAAUCGGUAUUGGUUUCAGACCACACCUUGCUAACUCCCCAUUGGAAAAGGGAAACAUUAUCACGAACGAGCCAGGUUUCUACAAAGACGGCGAGUACGGUAUAAGAAUAGAAAACGAGCUUGAAGUGAAGCAGGCUGAGGGUCUACAGUUUGGAAACCGUAAGUUCUUGAGGUUCGAGAACAUAACUAUGGUGCCAUACUGCAGGAAAUUGAUCAACCCACAUAUGUUGACGCCUGAGGAGAAGACCACGAUCAACGAGUACCAUGCCAGAAUAUGGGCCACCGUUGUUCCAUUUUUGCAACCCUCCAGUAUCGCUUUCAAGUGGCUCAAGAGGGAAACAAAACCUCUAUAG